AUGUCACACGCAGGUCAUGAAGCAGCAGGAGCUGCACCAGCUAUCUCGACGGUUGGAGCAAAAUAUGUUGAGCCUUCAGCAACCAGAAUCCUGCAGAAAGGAGAGAAAAUCGAUGAUCUCUUCAACCGCAACCUCAAGACCCCCUAUUUCGUGCAAAGACUUUCAGACCGGGCCUACUUCUUCAACGGCGGGUUCUAUACUACCACUUUCUACGUUGGUGACACUGGAGUUCUCCUGUUAGAUGCCCCUGAGGGUCAAGGAAAGAGCAUCCUGGCAGCCAUCGCAGAAGUCACCAAGUUGCCAGUCACCGCCAUCAUAUAUUCACACAACCAUGCCGACCACAUUAUCUCUGCCGUUGAGGUAAUCGAUGCUUCAAAGGCAGCGGGUGUCGAGCAUGUGCGCAUCAUCGCAUCCACGAAGACAGCCGAAAAGAUGAAGUUUUUGAAGUGCAGCUUGCCUGCUCCCACGGAGACGGUAUCAUGGCCGAAGGACAGUUUCAAAUUCGAUAAUGUUACAGUCCAGUUCGAUGCGUUUGAAAGAGCUGCUCACUGUGAUGACGCCGGCACCUUCCUGCUUGUGGAAGAGAAAGUUGUCCAUCUUCCCGACCUUCUAAAUGGUGACCAACCGCCGUUUUGGAGAUUCGGCACUGCCGAGAACACUGUCUACUACCGCCUGAAUGUCACCCAGCUCGGUGAUUUGGAUUGGGAUUUCCAUGUCGGAGGCCAUGGAAAUGUGGGCGGCAAGGAAGACAUCGCGUUUGUGAAAAAGUAUCUCGAUGAUAUUGAUGUAGCCGUUGCGGAAGCUAUGAAAACUGUGAAGUUUGGUGCUGGAGUGAAGGACAUGGAGAAGGUUAAUAAUCACGCUGAAUUGAUGGUGCCUUGGGUGGCUAGCCUCGGCAUUAAGGUGGCAGAUAUCAUGCGCCCAGAGUAUGGACACUUUUAUGGGUUUGAAUUUUCUGUUCCGGCUAACGCAGAGAUGCUGGCAUUGUCCGCAGUAUCGUAUCGUUGA